UUUCUCUACUACACCAACAUUUUCAAACUCUCCACUAGAAAUACAGAGCCAUAACUGGAUACUAAUUCUAAAUUUUUAACUAAGUGUACUCUCAACUUUGAGACAAUAAAGACUGGCUUUUGGUGAGACUUAUGCUAGCGGAUAAUGUUAAAUUUUAAUGAUGACGACUUUUCAAGAAAUACGUAAGAAAUUUGAAGAUCUUUCAAAGACAGGUUCAAAUGAAAACCUACAUGAUUUUGGUAAACAAACAGUUAUUAACAAGCAAUAUAAAAGUAUGACAGCUCUAAAUAAUGAUCAGGAACCUUUGGAAAAAACAUUGGAUACCAAUAGAGACGUAUAUAACAAAAUACUAGUAGAUGAACACGAAGACAUUCUAAAUUUUAAAAGAAAUUUAGAAAAAAAUGAUAAUUGCAUUUAUGAAAACAAUAAUGAGGAAUACGACAAUAUUGCUGUUGAAACUAGAAGAAAAAUUAGAGCUUUUAAGUCAAUAACGCAGGUUGAAGAAAAAAACAAAAUUUAUGAUGACAUUAAAUAUUAUUCUCAUCCAAAUCGAAUUCCUGAAAAUAGAACAAGUGACAUUAAAAUUUACCAAAAUAUGAAGAGUUCCCGUGAUAGUCAGGCAUCUAUUUUGGAACACAUCGUAGACGAAUUAGUUAAAACAGAAGAGAGUUUUGUCUUCAAAUUAAAAACAGGUUAUGAAAAUUAUAAAAAAAUAUUUGCUGAACAAAAGGAGCUUCCCAAAGGAUUAAUAGGUAAAAAGUACGUUUUAUUUAGAACUAUUGAGGAAAUAUUAGAUUUUCAUGAAAAUGAAAUGCUGCCAAUGUUACAAGCUAAUCAAUAUGAUCUCAAUAUGCUUUGUUCAUCUUUUAGUAAAUUUAUUGAGGAAAAUAAAUUUUAUCCACACUUAAUGUAUAUUAUGCACAAAAAGAGGGCUGAAAAUUUAUGCAAGUACUACAAAAGUUUUUUCGAUGAAAAAGCUAAAGAAUUUAACGAUAAUUUAGGAAUAAUGAGUCUAUUAAUACAACCAUUACAUAGAGUGACAAAAUAUCCACUUCUAUUCCAACAAAUCAUAAAGGAUUGCUUUAAAAACUAUGAUAUGAAACCAAUAUUGCAGUUUUGUUGCAAGACCGAAAAGAAAAUGAGUGAUUAUGUUAAAUUGAUAAAUGAAUCCGAACGUGUUGGCAGCAUUAUUAAUGUAAAGGAAAAUGUAAAUCUUUACGAAGCCGGUCGAUUAAAGAAAGUUGAUAAAUUUUAUGUUUAUGAUUACAAUCUUCAAAAAAGAUUUAAAUCCCGAGUUUUUCUAUUUGAAAAGUCAUUAGUGUAUACUGAAAUUUCUAAUAAAAUGAAUUCAGAAGUUUUAAAAUUUAGAGGUUUGUAUCCUUGUGAUAAAUUAUCUAUGGCCAUAAAAGAGCCUGGAUUUACAUUAUAUUGGGAAAAAAGACAAAUUCAAGAUUGUGACUUAGAAGCGAAAACGGAAGAUAUAAGAAAUAGCUGGAUAGAAACAAUUAAAAAUAUAAUUGUUAGUUAUUUAGAAAAGAAACGGCUUCAGUCUCAAUGCACGGGUCAUUUUACAGCUUAUAAUCAUUUAUUUAGAUAUAAGUUUUUAAAUAGAAGGAUUAGUGUAGAUUCAAUUACAUCAACAUCAACAAUAUCAUCCGCGGGCAAUCAAAGUAAUAAUAGGAUAUCAAUUAUAUCUACUGGAUCAUUUCAUAGCUACAAUACAGCUUAAAUAAUAAACAUAACAAGACUUUGAGAAAAAAAAAAAUUUAAAAUACAUACAUAUAUACAUACUUAUCAUUAAGAAAUUAAUAGAAUUAGCAAUUACUUACCAAAUUUUAAAAAUCAA